GCUAAGAUCUAGACUUAGUCUUCGAUUUUUCCUUCAUUUUGUGUAAAAAAAAUAAGGGUCACCCCCGAGUCAAAAUUUGUUUCAAAAUUUCAACGCCACCGCAAGGAGUGACGACAACUAAAAGCAGUCCGGUCCAUUCGAAAGUGCAUUGUAAAACAUUCCGUAGUCUUGUCCGGUUUUAAGUGAGACCGCCAUGAUAAGGAUAACGUAGUCCUGAAAGGAGCGGAGAGAUUAGGAGAGAAGGGCAGGAUCCAAGGUCGUUGAAAGGGUUCCAAGCUACGAAGUACAGGAGAUUUAGGAUUUAGGAGGAGGAGUUAGCUUUAUCUCAUCAAAUUUCCCCUAUAUCUCAGUAGGAGGUCCCUGUCAUGUCCGGAGUUUAGUUAUGAGCCAUAAAUCAUAAAGAGAACUUACUCAUAGAAUAAAAAAAAAUAAAAAUUAACAAGAAGCAAAUAACAUUUUGUAAAAAACAAUAUAAAAAACAGUACGUUGAAAUCAAGAAAUAAGCACCAGCGAAAGGAAUAAUAGGAAAUAUAUAUAUAUAAUAGGAUAUAUAUAGUCCAGAUAAGGUAUUAUAUAAGAAGGCACGGAUUGCAGCCAGAAGGAGCCAGUGCACCAACCAGAUCGCUUUCUCGGGCCAGCCAGGAGCAGGGUGAGUCCCUGACAAGCAGCCCCAACGGCGUCCCAGGCGGUCUCCAGAUCCGGCCCGGACAACGUAGCCGCGGCGCGCAAGACCGAGGCCAUGGGCGAGGUGCUCAACCUGGACAGCAUCAUCUCGCGGCUGCUGGAGGUGCGCGGCGCCAGGCCCGGCAAGAAUGUCCAGCUGUCUGAGGGCGAGAUCCGCGGCCUGUGCCUCAAGUCGCGCGAGAUCCUGCUCUCCCAGCCCAUACUCCUGGAGCUGGAGGCGCCGCUGAAGAUCUGCGGCGACAUCCAUGGCCAGUACUACGACCUGCUGCGCCUCUUCGAGUACGGCGGCUAUCCGCCGGAGUCGAACUACCUCUUCCUGGGCGACUACGUCGAUCGGGGCAAGCAGUCGCUGGAGACCAUCUGCCUGCUGCUGGCCUACAAGAUCAAGUACUCGGAGAACUUCUUCCUGCUGCGGGGCAACCACGAGUGCGCCAGCAUCAACAGGAUCUAUGGGUUCUACGACGAGUGCAAGCGGCGCUACACGAUCAAGCUGUGGAAGACCUUCACGGACUGCUUCAACUGCCUGCCGGUGGUGGCGAUUGUGGACGAGAAGAUCUUCUGCUGCCACGGCGGCCUGAGUCCCGACCUGACCUCCAUGGAGCAGAUCCGGCGCAUCAUGCGGCCCACGGACGUGCCGGACCAGGGGCUGCUCUGCGACCUGCUGUGGUCCGAUCCGGACAAGGACACCAUCGGCUGGGGCGAGAACGACCGCGGCGUGAGCUUCACCUUCGGCGCCGAGGUGGUGGGCAAGUUCCUGCAGAAGCACGACCUGGACCUCAUCUGCCGCGCCCACCAGGUCGUCGAGGACGGGUACGAGUUCUUCGCCAAGCGCCAGCUGGUCACCCUCUUCUCGGCGCCCAACUACUGCGGCGAGUUCGACAACGCCGGCGCCAUGAUGUCCGUGGACGACACGCUGAUGUGUUCCUUCCAAAUCCUCAAGCCCGUGGAGAAGCGCAAGAAGUAGAUGCCCGCACGCCUCCGCCACACGAACAGCGCUCUCAUUUACAUUCACAUAAUCAUGAUUACUAGACCUGCCUGUCGUCAACUGGAUCGAAGAAGCGACCCCGACAUCAACUUGGAUCUCCAUGGAAUUCGAUGUACUGAUGGUUUGAAUCCGCUCUUUGGCUGUUUAUAAAGAAUUCUAUCGAGUUAAGUUCUCUGGUUUCUGUGGGACUUGGGUUGAGGAUUGUGGAGCUAUAAUAAAGGGAUACCCUGA